CCUCGGGGAAGAUGGCGGCUGCAUCUUUGAAGGAGAGGAAUUGAGAGUGGGGAGAAGGGAAGAGGACCAGACGGGAGAGACAUUCCCUACGGCGCCGAAGGACGCCGCGCUCGCGGUUAGGAGCUCUUCCCGGCCCCCCACGUGACUUAGUAGGAAAACAUCACCAUGGCUACAGAAAUUGGCUCUCCUCCACGAUUUUUCCAUAUGCCGAGGUUCCAGCACCAGGCUCCCCGACAGUUGUUCUAUAAGCGGCCUGACUUUGCACAGCAGCAGGCAAUGCAGCAGCUCACCUUUGACGGGAAGCGGAUGAGAAAGGCCGUGAACCGGAAAACCAUAGACUACAACCCCUCUGUCAUUAAGUAUUUGGAGAAUAGGAUAUGGCAAAGAGAUCAGAGAGAUAUGCGGGCAAUUCAGCCGGAUGCAGGUUAUUAUAAUGAUCUGGUCCCACCUAUAGGAAUGUUGAAUAAUCCUAUGAAUGCAGUAACAACGAAAUUUGUUAGGACAUCAACAAACAAAGUAAAAUGCCCAGUGUUUGUUGUGAGGUGGACCCCGGAAGGAAGACGGUUGGUCACUGGAGCUUCUAGUGGGGAGUUCACCUUGUGGAACGGGCUGACUUUCAACUUUGAAACCAUAUUGCAGGCUCAUGAUAGCCCUGUGAGGGCCAUGACUUGGUCACAUAAUGACAUGUGGAUGUUGACAGCAGAUCAUGGAGGAUAUGUGAAAUAUUGGCAAUCCAACAUGAACAACGUCAAGAUGUUCCAGGCACAUAAGGAGGCGAUUAGAGAGGCCAGUUUCUCACCCACGGAUAAUAAAUUUGCUACAUGCUCUGAUGACGGCACUGUUAGAAUCUGGGAUUUUCUUCGUUGCCAUGAGGAAAGAAUUCUCCGAGGGUUUCUUGUAUCUCAGGCCACCUCAAACUCAUCAUGUAUCAGAAUGCUUCUGAAUCCCCGUUCAGCAGUGGUGGGAAUUGGAUGUAGCUUCAUGAGUGCUAAACAAGCAUUCUGCCAGCGAAGCUUUACUGCAGUGUGCAAGCAUGUUUGUGCACAUGAGUGCAGACGGUUGGGUGUGAAGGUUAGUGGACAUGUUUUGUAAGUCAAAUCUCUCCACUUUAGAUCCAGAGAUCUAACUCAGUUUGUCAGAUUUCAUGUGGAAAGAACUUUUCUCACAUUUUUGGCUCCUAAUUUUAAUGUUUUUAAUAGUCAUUUUAAUUAGGGUUAAAUUGGUGUGGUGGCUGAGGUGCAUGCCUCAAACACCAGCACUUGGCAGGCCAGGGUAAGAGGACUGCUAUGAGUUAGAUGCUAGCUAGGGCUACAUGAGCUCUAGACCACACUGUGCCACACAGUGAGGGCUUGGAGAGAGCAACCAGAUCCUCCAUUAUGAAUAUGAAUUUGACUUCUUCUGCCUUCCGAGCUCUUUUCCCAUCACCCUUAGAGUUUUUUUCUGUAUUACUGGCGUUCCUAAGACUACAGUGGGAGGAAACCAUUUUUUUUCUAAGUUUAUGUAUGUGCGUGCCUACAUUAGUUAUCAUGUGCAUGCAGGUACCAACAGAGGCCACCAGAUCUCCUGCAUCUGGAGUUACAGGCAGUUGUGAGCUUCUGAUGAGAGUGCUGCUUACUCAACCUGAGUCCAUUGUCAGAGCAGUUAGUGCUCUUAACCAUUGGGUCAUCUCUCCAAACCUGAAGAAACACUUCUUAUGUAAGAAGAGACUGAGAGGCCUUUGUGCUCCCACACUGCUUUGACUCUGGUUCUAUGUUCCUUCUGAUGACUGAGGUGAAGUUCAGUCCAGAAAUGGGGACCACACUGGUACACAUCCUGACAUCACACAGGUCCCCAGCAAGAUGCCUCCCUGUUGCACAUACCUGACUAACCAGCAUUUAUUCACUGGGACACAUUGAUCACGUGAUUUCUACAUAAAAGCCGCAUAAUCUCUGGUUAUAUAGAUACACACAUGAGGAAACGAGCAUACUUCUGGAACCUGCUUGGUAUAUGCUAUACAAAGUUUUCAUUCUACCUGGUGAAAUGGAUCUAAUUUAGUGUUGGCACCUCUUCUCCUGGAAGGUUGGGAAGUUCACAGUGAAUGACAAUAUGGGCAGACAUCACUGACCUGUGUGGAAUCUCACUUGUAAUUUGUUUUUUAUGAGCAGCUCAAUUUCCUAAGCUACUCAGCAGAGGGCCAAGUACAGUGUGAGGUGCACUUUUCCCUUCGGUCAUGCACAGUAACAAAUACUCUAGUUAGAAUUCAACAGCUGUGAGAUCAUUCAAACACCACUAGCUUUGAGAAACAAAGGGUGGAGAGCCAGGAAAAAACUGGGUAGGACUAAUGUAGAUUUGAUUUUUCCUGAAAAUUUCUACUUUUUAAAAAGUAGCUAGUGAGGAUUUGUUGAAAAUUUAAACUAGAAGUGACAUAGUAAAAUGUCCUUUUCCAGUCUCAUCCCCAAGGUAAUUGCCAUUUUGUUAAUAGUUUGCUUUGUGGUCCCCUCCCCCUUUUCUUGUAUUGGGAACAAGAAUAUUCAUAGUUGAGGCUGGCCUCAAACUUGAUAGGUAAGAAAGAUGACCAGAGCUUCUGUUUACCCUGCCUUUGCACCCACAGUGCUGGGGUUGUCAUCAGCACGCCUGACCUUGUUAUGUGUCUGCCUAGAAUUCCUUUACAAAUAUUUUUUAAAAAGUUUUAAAAAUAUUACCUCAGAAAGGAGUUUACAUUACUCAAGUGAUCUUUGCUUUUUUUUCUCCAUAGGCUCUCACACUCAUCUUCUACCCUUCUCAGUCUGACUGCUUUGUAACAUUUUGUAGUGUAUGGCUAUCAUAACACCCCUUACACCCCCACACCCCCACAUACAUACAUACAUACAUACAUACAUACAUACAUACAUACAUACUUUCCUUGAACUUAUGAAUCUCCUGUCUCAGUUACAUGUUCUGGAGUUGUAUCCUUGUAUUUUGCUAGCACACAGGGUUUUUGUUUAGUGUUUGUGGGGGAAGCAGCAAGGGAUUAGAAGACGGCAUGAUUUCAUCCGGUAAAGUGGCCGGUAUGGGACACUGACAGACCAUGACCACCUGGAGCGCACAUCUCUUACAUUACACAUAUGCUCUACCACGCAUGGCUUCACUAAGACAAAGGUUCAUUCUAGGUUUUUUGUAUUUUUAUAUUUGUAUCUUGUCAUGGAAAUUUAACUUUUAUAAACUUUGAUAUAUCACAGUGUGUAAUUAUAGCCUGAGAAGAUAAAUUGUCUUCAAAAGUCAUUAAUAAUAUUUAAGAAGGUUCUUUUCUUUUUCUUUUUAAAGAUUUAUUCAUUUAUUAUAUAUGAGUACACUGUAGCUGUCUUCAGAUACACCAGAAGAGGGCAUUGGAUCUCAUUACAGAUGGUUGUGAGCCACCAUGUGGUUGCUGGGAAUUGAACUCAGGACCUCUGGAAGAGCAGUCGGGGCUCUUAACCACUGAGCCAUCUCUCCAGCCCAAGAAGGUUCUUUUAUGAAGUCUCCAUAUUUAACUAGAAUACCUUAUUUUCAUUUUGUGUAUAUGAGUAUUUUGCCUGCAUGUGUGUAUGUGCUGUUGUGGGACACUGGAUCUCCCAGAUCGCCUAGAAGCUGGUUAAAGAAUGGUUGUAAGCCACCUUGUGGAAGCUAGAAACCAAACCAGCGUCCUCGGCAAGAAGAUCAACUGUCUUAUACUAUUUUCCAGCUCCUCUGCAUUCCAGUUUUUAGAAGAAUUGGUGUCGUGUGUGUGUGUGCCUUGGAGUAUGGAUAACGAUCAUUUGUGCACAGGGGCCCUUGGAGCUUUGAAACUGCUUUGUGGGAACCAAAUCUGCACAACCAGUCAGCUCUCUCAAUUGUCCAUCCACCUCUGCCAUUACUGUUCAGAUUUUUAACUUUAAAUGUUUAAAUUACAAAAGUAAGACAAGGUACUAACUCUUUCUGACCAUUUAAGGAGUUCGGAAUGUGGUAAUGUUCCAAUAUUCUCUAUAGAUCUCCAAAGAUAGUUUUUAUUUUGAAACUCUGUGGUUAUUGGAAUGUCAGAUAACAGACUUUUUUAUCUUCUGGCAUAGUAUGUCUUUCCUGUUCUAAGAGGUGAGCAGUUGAGCGAUCUUACCCUCUACCUCUGCCUCUGUCUCCUGGUUUAUGUAAAUGAAUUUUACCUAUUGCAGGCAGUUUAUUAUUGCUCCACAUGUUUUUGUUCUCAUUCUUUCUCUUCUUCUUUUUUGUUUUUCAAGACAGGGUUUCUCUGUGUAGCCCUGGCUGGCCUGGAACUCACUCUGUAGACCAGGCUGGCCUUUUUCUCAGAUCUAUCUGCCUCUGCUUUACAUGUUCUUACAUCUCAAGGUUUUUGGUCCCUGAUUUUAGGGAGUAUAUCUCUGUUCAUGAUUAGCUUUCUGAAGGAAAUCUGUGCCUCCUAAGUUUUCUUUCACUUUCCUACCUAAUAAUUUUUGUUCUGUUCUUUUCUUUCACUUUAAGAGGUGAGGGCUGGAGAGAUAUUCCAGUUGUUGAAAUACUUGCUACACAAGCUUGAGGGCCUGAGUUUAGCUCCAAACUCACAUUAAAGACAAAAUAAAACAAAGCAAAAAAUCAAACACCCAGAACUAUGCAUGAUGGUUGUCUGUAGAGGAGACAGGUCGGGCUUGCUGGCCAGGAGCCUAGCCUACUCAGUGAGUUCCAGGUCAUUGAGACCCUGCCCUCUUUUCUUUCUUUAAAGAAAAAAAAAAAAAAAGAAUGUGCCAUCUGGGGAACAACAGCUGAGGUCAUCCUCUGUCCUCCACAUGCAGGAACACGAUUGCGGGUGCAUGCUGCACUGAGAGCACCCCCCCCCCCCACACACACACACACACGAGACAGCAUUCUGUAAGACUGAUAAUAUUAGUUGAAGUAGAAAGUGCUGUGAUUAGACUUUAGGAAUCAUUGCUGUGUCAGGUGGAAGCUGUCCUGCCUAUGAAAUAUGCAAGCUAAGGUAAACCGCAUCGUUUUAAAAAUGUUUAUUGUUUUGUGUGUAUAUGAGUGUGUGUGUGUCAUGUGAUGUGUACUAAGGUCAAAGACAGCUGUUAGAAAUUGGUUCUUUCCAGGGAACAAAUUCAGGUUGCCAAAUCUGCACACCAAGUGCCUUUACCCACCUUCUUGCAGUCCCAUGAGUUUCUUAACUCUUUCGUUUUAUGAGCUAUUGAGAAUGUCAUAAUUAGGUCACAUUUAGUUGUUCUACUUGUUUAUCUAAAUGUUAACUAAAACUUUUCAUCUGCAGAUUUUAUGGUUUUGUUAAGAUUUAUUUACUUUAAUGUGCAUGAGUGUUUUGUCUGGGUGUAUGUAAGUACACUGUGUGUAUUCCUGGUACCUGUGGAAGCCAGAAGAGGGGGGUCCUGGAUCCCCUGGAAGUGGUGUUAAUGCUGUAAGCUGCCAAGUGGAUGCCGGGAACAGUCUCAGGUCCUCUGUAAGAGCAGCCUGUGCUCUUAACUGCUGGACCAUCUUUCUAGCCUCAAAGUUCAGAUAGUUCUGCAUUUUGACCAAAUAAAUGUUAUCUUUAAAAAAAAUUUAUGUUAAUGUAUAUGAGUGUUUUGCCUGCUUGUGUGCCUGUGUGCCACGUGGGUACCCGAUGCCCAAGGAGGUCAGAAGAAGGUGCUAGAUCUGCUGGAGCUGGAUUUGUACAUACUGUGAGCCACCAUUUCUGUGCUGGGAAUUAAACGCAGUUUCUCUGGAAGCCAGUGCUCGUAACUGCCAGGCCAUGUCUCUGGCAUGGAAUAAAGGUCUGAAGAGCUUUCCCUCAGAGAUUUUUAAAUUCACUCUUUAAUCUUUUAAUUCUUUGAGAAUUUAAUACAAAGCUUUUGUUUGUUUGUUGAGAUAGUUACAUUAUGUAGCCUUGGCUGGCCUCAGGUUGGCUAUGCAGACCAUCUGGGCCUUGAAUUCACAGACAUCUAGUUCUGCCUGCCUCUGCUUCUAAAUGCUGGCUUCAAAGACUUAACAUGUUUUCACCAUUUGUUUUGUUGCUCGCAAGAAGUUGAUACUAGAGGGAGCCUCUUGGGUUUUCUCUCUUAUGCUGUCUCCUUGCCCUGUCAGGGUUAGAGACAACGUUUCAUUAUGUAGUCCUAGCUGGCUUGGUGCUCACUAUGUAGAGCGGGUUGGCAUCUUUGGGCACUUGCACACACUUGGGUGUUUUAUGUGUCUAUGCCCUUGGAGGCCAGAGGAGGGCAUUAGACCACUUGGAGCUGCAGUCACAAGAGCUGCACUCCAGUCCUGAAAGAGCAGCGCACUCUCUUCACCACUAGACCAGCUCUCCAGUCCUCUGGGUAGUUUUAGUUAUUAUUUUUCUGAUUUUAGAUGAAAAUACUCUAAGCUUCAGCUUUUGUGGACUCCUUUAAUUUACAGUCUUUAUUCCACUUGAAUAUUCUUUCUUCUGUGUUUCCUUUUCUCUAAAGCUUAUAAAAUUCUUAGCAGACAGAUGCUGAGUCUGAUACUCAGCACAUCUGGUGAUCUUCAAGUUACAUGUUUCUUUCUCAAGGAUGCCUUCCUACUUUCAUUGUCUUCUGGGCUUCAUUUUACUUAGUGGUUUGUUUCAUCGUCUUCUGUACCAGGUGUUUGGUUUCUCCAUGUUGAAGGAACCCAGGACCUCGGGCAUGUUAGGCACUCUACCACUGACCUGUAUCUCACCCAGUGUGCUUGCUCUUAGUGAUCGAAAUCUCUUAACUCUGGAUAGCCACUGAAGCAUAUGUUGCCUGGCUACUUCCAGUAUUCACAUUUAUUAUUCUUAGAGCCAUUUGGUCUUGGUCUUUCUGCUUAGGUUUUAUCAUAUGUAGCAAUUCUUAGUCAUAUAUUUGAGUCGUAGCUUGUUUUGAUUGAUAAAAUUGGUUAUCUAUCUUAUCUUUUGGAGUGAGGUCCACUUUCCUAAAGAUAGACCUCGUGAUAUGUAUGUAGUAAGGAGAGUGGGGAAGAGCAAACAAGGAGUAAACAGGCAGCUGCCACAUUUACUAAAGGAAGUCUGUUACAUUCUGAUGUGGAAGUGUGUUAGUUUAUUCUAUUCUUUGGAUCAGUUACCUUUUCCUAUAUUGUGCCCUAAUUCUUGUUAUGGAACUGCCACUAACCAUAGAGCCUUUACCAUAGUUUUAGUUGUUUUUCUUUCCUUCCUUCCUUCCUUCCUUCCUUCCAUCCAUCCAUCCAUCCAUCCAUCCAUCCAUCCAUCCAUCCAUCCAUAUGUGUGUGAAUACUAGUGAAGGUCUGAGGGUAGCUUGGAGGAGAUGGUUUUGUUUUUCAGCCAUGUGUUUCAGAAGUCAGAUUGUCAGGCUUCUCGAGGCCUGCACUCUUGUCCACUGAGUCGUCUGCUGACCUUUGACUGUAAUUGAGGAUAUUACUUGUGCCACUGUUAGUUCACUUUGCAUUGAGGUCAUGAUUCCAUGCCAAGGCUUUCAUAAAACUUUUCAUAUUUGGUACUUUCUUGCAAUAGAUUUCUAGUUUUCUGCCAAGUAUUCUCCCUACUUUUUAUCAUUUUUGCUUUUUGUUGAUGUAUUUUUGGAUUUGUUGCUGUUUUUAAAGGCAGGGUCUUAUUAAGUAGCUCUUGCUGUCCUGGAACUCUAUAGACCAGGCUGGCUUUGAACUCACAGAGAUCUGUCAGCUUUCAGGAUGCUGGGAUUAAAAGCAUGUAUAUCAACACGUCUGGUUGAUUUCUUUAUUUCUUGACCUUUUUUUUCUGACCUGGGCUGGUUCACCCUUCCAAAAGCAACUUGGUGGUCCUUCACUCCUGGGCUGUCAUCAUAUUGCUUUCAAAUUUAGGGCUGACACCUGAUCGAUAUAGUGCACUAUAGCCCAGAUCUCCUUGGACUCAAGUGAUCCUCCUGACUCAGACUUUCAAGUAACCAGGACUACAGGUAUAUAUAACCAAUCAUGCCCACCCCAGUUGACUUAAUACUCCUGUCACUCUACCUCCACAAUGCCCACAAUCUUCUUGACCAUGGCCUCCACAGGCCUCUACACUCAAAUAUACAUAUUCCUAUACACUUAAUUAAAAAUUAAGUACGUGUAGUUUUAAAUCUGGGUUACUCAUACUUGCUAGAUGGCAGACACUUCUACCACUGAGCUGUCCAACAAUAGUUAGGUUUAAGAUCUACUUGGCAUUUUGGAGGAUUUAGAGGUAAGUGAUCAAUUAAAAUAAAGAUUCAGGAGUUAAGCCUAUUAUUACUUUUCAUGUAUCCCCUGAAAUACCAUACUAAUCUUUAAACUAGAGAAAAUAAUGUAAAGAAAACAGCAAACAUUUACACCUUAAAAGGAAGGGAUUGAUGUAUUUUUUUAUUGGAGGUGAUGUUUUAAUCUAGUGGGAUCUAUAGUAAAGAGUAUUAUUGUUUGUGUUCUUGAUUGUGUGCAUGUGUUUGCAUUUGAAUGUCCAUUCGAGAGUGUGCCGGGAGAGUGUUCUGCAAACCAGACACUUAGUCCUAGUAUCCUUUUAUUGUUUUAGCGAUCAUUUGAAAAGUAAAACGAAAGGACUUAUUUUGGGAAGUGGCCCUCAAACCAUUUCUGCCGUCUCUGCUCUUCCCAGUGGCCACAGCUCCUGGGUCUGUUGGAAUAUUCCCACAGCAAGCCUCAGGACAGAGACUGGAGCAAAACUAAAGCUCCGAUUUACUGAGUAUUCAGUAUCUAUCAGUAUAUAUCCCAGGAAUGAUGCUCAGUGAGUGUUUAGUGGAUUUAGUUUCUGAAAUAAGCUAGUAUUUGAAUAGUAAUCUCCAUGUUACAUAUGUCAAUAUUAAGGCUUACUAAAUGCUCACUAAAUUGCACAAGGAAAUAGCUAGUACAUUGACAUCUGAGCUGCAGACAUAUUUGGUCUACUUUUUUUUUUUUAAAGUUUUUUACUAUUACCUAUAUUGUAUAGGGUUUGAGUACUAAACAAAAAUACCUACUGGAAUUAAACUAUAUUAAAAUAUAUUACUCUUGACUCCAAAUUAUUUUACAUGUUCUUUUUUUUUUUAAGAUUUUAUUUAUUUAUUCUUUUUAUGUAUGUAGGUACACCAUUGCUGUCUUCAGACACACCAGAAGAGAGCAUCAGAUCCCAUUACAGAUGGUUGUGAGCCACCAUGUGGUUGCUGGGAUUUGAACUCAGGACCUCUGGAGGAACAGUCAGUGCUCUUAACUGCUGAGCCAUCUCUCCAGCCCCUUUACAUGUUCUUUAACAUGCAAAACUAUCAAAAGUUUUAUAUAUUUAUUUUACUGGUGUGUUUUGCUUGCAUGUUAGUAUGUGUACCAUGUGUGUACCUGGUACCUGAGGGAAUAAGAAACCAUUAGAUUCCCCAGACAGGAGCUACAGACAGUUGUGAGCUAUCAUGUGGGCUCUGGGACGCAAACCCAGGUUCUUGAAAAGUAACAAGUGCUCUUCACUGGUGAGCCAUCACCACACCUUACAAGUUUACUCUUUAAAGUUAUUUUCUUUAUUUAUUAAAGAAAGUCUUUUUGAAACUUUAUGUUAGGCAUGGUUGUGAGCCACCAUGUGGCUUCUGGGAAUUGAACUCUGGUCUUUUCCAGAAUCAUCCAUCAAGUGUUCUUAACUGCCAAGCCAUCUGCCUGGUCCCAGCUCCUUUAUUUAGGCAGGGUCUCUAUAGCCCAGGCUUCAGGCUUGUCUCACACUUGUACCUCUUGCCUUAGUUCUUUGAAUGCUGUACUACAAGUGUGUGCCCACUGGUAACUUCCUGUGCAAGGAAUUACUGACGGUUGUACUUGGAUUCCCAGAAGUCACUUUUGACACUGCUCAGAGGAGGACAGAAUAAAGCAGUCUCUUCCAUUAAGAAUAAUUUUUGUCUUGUGAUAUUAGAAAUUGAGCCCAUGGCCUCAUCUGGUUGGUAAGUAAUCUGCCACUCGGCUACCUUCUAGCGCAUGAGGUCUGUUUUGUUUUUAGACAGAUCUCACUGUGUAGUCCUGGCUGGCCUGGAACUCACAAGACAUCUGCCAGCCUUGCCUUAAAGGUGUGUGUCCCCACACCUGGCUCACACGUGGGUUUUACUCAAGCUUUUUUUAAAAAGACAGACUUAUUUAUUUAUUUAUUUAUUUAUUUAUUUAUUUUAUACAUGUGAGUACACUGUAACUGUCUUCAGACACACCAGAAGAGGGCAUCAGAUUCCAUUACAGAUGGUUGUGAGCCACCAUGUGGUUGCUGGGAUUUGAACUCAGGACCGCUGGCAGAGCAGUCAGUAGUCAGUGCUCUUAACCACUGAGCCACCUCUCCGGCCUCCAAUUUUUUUUAUUUUUAUUUAUUUAUUUAUUUUUUUUUUGAUUUCUGUUUUUUUGUUGUUGUUGUUGUUUUUUUUUUUUCUUUAAUGAAGAACAAGUUCAAACUUGUUACACCAGCACAUGUGAGGCUGAGGCAAGAUGAUUCCAUUGUCAAACUUAGACUGGUCAUCGGUGGAAGGAGAAAGGGAGGGAGAGAAAAAGAAAACUUUAAAAGUUCCUAUGAUCUUUAUUUCAUGCCUCUAUUAUAAUAAGGCUUUGACUAGCUUUCAAAUUCUAGAUGCAAAACUUUUUUUGUUUGUUUUCUGAGGUAAGUCUCACUGUGUGGCCUUGGCUGGCCUGGAACUCACCAUAAAGAUCAGGCUGGCCUCUGGGACUCGAUGUGUGCCUUGGGAGUGCUGUGGUUAAAGGAGUUUACCAUUUCACCCAGCUCAGAACUGUUUUUCUUCAUCUCAGAUCUUCCAGGAUUUUCUCACUGUCUUAGAGUCUAUUUCUGAAUGAUUUCAUUGUAUUUUGUCACGUGUCUGUCUGUCUGUCUACCAGCUAGAAUUUAUUAGAUACUUUCCUCAUGAUUAGACCAUGGAUUCCUAGUUUGGGGAAGAAGCUCACAGGUUUGCUUUGAUCUCAUUAUCAAGGACACAUACUGUUGAUAGGACUUGGUGUUUCCCUUGGGUAUGUCUUUUUCUAUACUGUACCUUUUAGAAUGGAUUUGUGGCACACAGCUUCCACUCAACAAUCAAGGACUUGUAUGUCUUCAUUUCCUUGAGUAGAGUAGCUACCUGUGCUAUUCCUGGGAGAUUCCACUCCAGCCCAAAGCAUGUAUUUGGUUAUUUAAUCAGCAUGGGCUAAACAAGUGUUUAUUGAGAUACGUUUACUCUGAUGGACUCCAAGUAGCAUAUAAUCAUCUCUCAUUUAAGGUUUUUCUCAUUUCCGCGUGUGAGAAAUGAGGAUAAUUGUCAGGAUCCAGUUGGAAUACACAUCAUCUCAGAAUCCUCAUUGUGCAAAGAAAUAGAAAAGCCUUAGAAUAAUAAUAAGUUGUCCAGCCUGGAGGAGACUGUGCGGCAGACCCCCAACUGCCAGCAGUAUUUGGGGAUUCCUGUGGCCUGGCUCUCUCGGGGGUCCAUUUUGUCUCAGCUCUUCAUUCAUUUCUGUUGAUGAAGGUUCCAGUCCACAUUCAGCUCCAGUUAAUGCUUCACAUUGCUGAGAUCACCACGAGGUUAGUGAAAUCCUGGCUAGGAUAGGAAUGUAGAUUUCAGUUGGCCAUUAUCUAACCAACAGAAAAUGAACUCAUUCAACGUCAGUCUUACUUUUGGAAGAAGACUUGCACCAGAGUAUCACUUUAAUCAGCUUUUGUUUUUAUUUUUGAUUCGUCUUUUUCUUCCUUAUUAGAGGUUUUAGUCAUGGUUCCAGUUUAUUCUUGCCACUGGUUACCAAUAAACAUUGUUAUUGAAGCAUAGAUCCAGUUUUGCUUGUCUAUUCCCUUAUUUUUAAGAGGAAUAUCUCAAAUGUUACGCAGGCUGGCCUUAAACUCUCAGUUCAAUUGUUGCUCCUAUCCCCCUUCGUGAGCACAUGAAGCUGUAUACAUGUGCUAUUACACUUGGCUUAUAGGUCAUUGUGGUAAUCUUGUUAUUGCCAGACAGCUUUGGGAGACAGCGUCUUACAUGUGUUGCCAUGACUGACUUGGAAGUCUCUAUGUAGAUCAGGCUGGCCUCUAUAGAGAUCUGCCUGUUUCUGCCUCCUGGGUUCUGGGAGGUAAAGUGAAGUUCGACCCCUACCCUGUUUUGAACUCAGACUGGCAGAGGAUGGCCUUGAACUGAUCAUUCUGUCACUUCCCAAGCUGUUGGGCAUACACAGAGUGGGUGACCACACCCCCACCAUCAAUCCUGUAAAUGUUUCUUUACUGAUUAUAUUUUUGUAGCUUUUCAAAUAAUGAUUCCUGACUAUUCUGCUUUAGUUAUGAAUGUCUGUGGAAAUGUUUACUAGAGGUAUUUGACUAUUGAAGUACACACACACACACACACACACACACACACACACACACACACACACACUUCACUAGACCAUUUUUCUAAAGGAAUUCAUAGACUUUGAUACGUGGGCAGUGUCCCUUAGCACGUGGCUGAAGUGCCUGCCUCUGAGCCUGGUGUUAGCCUAAGCAGUAGGAAGAGCAGAGCACUGAGGGCUGCUUUCUUCUUUUAGUCUUUGACAACUCCAGAAUCACUAUUAAACAUGACUUAAGUUUUUAAAAAUUGGUUGGCAUAAAAUAAAUAGCAAAAUUGUUCCUCGUGUUGUAACUGAAGGAUCUGGAAGACUGAUGAGAACAAACACCCUUUGGGAGUUUGUUCUGGAAGACUAGAGUUUCCUGUUCACCAGACUGUUUCAGAAAUCUUCAAGGCUUUUCGCUGCUCAGGUGCAAAUUGUGUCCUUUGUUUAUACUUUCUCCACAUGCUGUAUAAAAACUGUCAGCACUCAACAUCUAAGGUUUAGCAAACAUUUAUGCCUGUGUGGUUUCGUCUGACCCACAAAUAUUUAUUAUCUACUCAACAGAAUCCACUUUGAUAUUAGAAGUAUUGAAGUAGUUACAUGAUACUAGCUUAUAAAUGUAUGCAUGGCUUCACUUUCUAAGCUGCUUGACAGUUUCUUUUAGGUCCACCUUUGAGAGUUUUCUAUGUAACCUUCAGUUAAUAGAAGCCAGCUCCCUGCUUCUCUGAGUGUGACUAACUAGGAGCUUGGACGUCUAUGUGUGAUGCAUCUUCCUCCUUAUUCUAAGGUGUGAGUCUGUGUCCUGGCUGCUUCUUUAACACCAAACCUUUGAAAUUGCUACAGGUUUGUUGAAUAGUUCUGUAUUAAUAUUUAGGUUUAAUUAAAAAUUUUUAUAUUUUUGGCAUAUCUAUUUCCAAUUUUUUUAAUGUACACUUGAGAUAAGGGUUGAAGGGCCUUCCUUCUCCUUGUCCUGUGUCUGCUUUCCUGAAUUUAGGUAUGCCACUAUCGGGCAACAUAAUUUGAGCUAGCAUUUCACAUUUCCAUAAUUGGUUUCGUGGUGAAUGUGGCAGUACACUGAGAAGAGCUUUGUGACCAGAUUCUCCCACAUGUUGCCAGUACUGAAGCUCUGAGGUAUGGAGGGAAAAUAUCUUGUCCAUUUAAAAAUUCAUCAUUGCCUAUGAGUCUGACGUGGCUUGGAAAAUACACUGUGAAAACUCUGCCUAGAAAAGUACCUAUUCCUCCAUUAACUUUGAGCUCCAUAGUUUGUUCCUGAUAGAAAUUUCUAGAUUUUGAUGACAGUCAUUCCCUGUCAGUCUUGUUAUUAAAUCAUGUCAAUAAUGACCUUAUAAAAUGGGGAGGUAAACUUGGAACAAGCCCCAUACUCACUGACCAGUUUAUGGAGUGACCACACACUCCAUACAUUUCCCAGCUUUUGACUGAUCCUUGUGUGAGUCUUGCCUGUGGAUCAAGGCCUUGCUUGGACUUAAGUUGAUGUUACAUUUUGUUUCCACAGCUGGCAGUAAGCCCAAGUUUGCUGUUAAUGCUUAACACAUUUUCUGAAUAACAGUUCUUUAACUGUUAAUAUUGUACAAAAUGGUACUUGAAUUGUUUGAUUUUCUCUCUCUGUAUUAGAAAAACUGGUGUUUUUUUGUAAGUCAUGUAUAUUCUUCCUAAUAUUGUUCAUAUAAUGACAUGAUCCAGGAAAAAUAAAAUGGGAAAAUGGACAUUACUUCUGACCUUCAAAUAAAACUCAUUAUGUAUUGGUUUUCA